AUGCGGAGCGCGGCCGGCGCCCUGGUCCUGGCGAGCCUGUGGCUGGCCGCGGCCGGGCUCCCGCUGGCCCCCUCCGACCAGGGCCCGCACCUGUACUACCGCUGGGACCAGCCGGUCCGCCUGCGGCACCUGUACGCCGCCGGCCCCUACGGCCGCUCCCACUGCUUCCUGCGCAUCCUCGACGACGGCUCGGUGCUGUGCGACCGGCACCGCGGCCAGCACGGCCUGCUGGAGAUCCGCGCGGUGUCCCUGCAGACGGUGUCGAUCAAGGACGUCCGCAGCGUGCGGUACCUGUGCAUGGGCGACGACGGCCGGAUGCAGGGGCUGCGGGCCCGAGGCCGGAGUCUUCCUCGUCGUGCCGCUGAAGGCGCGCGGCGGGGCCGUCCGAGGGGCGCGCGCUUGGCGCUGCUCAGUCCCGUGUCGUGA